GGGAAGAACGAGAGAAAAUGAAAAUUUCUUCAGUUAUUUUUGAAGCGUUUCUGAUCUGCGCGGUUGGUGCAAAAGUUUUACCAUUAAAAUCUCAGAACUACAUAAAAUGUACCAAAAAAAAUUCAAUUUUGUGGCCAGAUUACAGCGAUCGAAAUAAUUAUUUUGAAUGUGUUGGUGAACAGCAUUUUGUUAAACGACCAUGUCCUGGCAAAACUGUUUUCAAUUAUCAUGCACAGCAGUGCACAUGGCCAGAUGAUUGGAUUGAACCACCAAGUGUGAACCAAUUGAUUGUGUCACAAUCUCAGGAACUGAAAGAGUUUGUCUCAGAUUUCUCGCCAUCUUGUCUCGUAUCAGAACUUCAUCUCUUCCUACCAGAUCCAAACCACCCGCGAGAUUACUUUCGAUGCACUGGAAUUGGACAGUCUGAAAGGUGGUCAUGUCCAGUGAAUCACGUUUUCGUUUUUCUCAUUCAAAUGUGCAUAUUUGAAGAACCUUCAACUACGACUUUAAAGCCAAUUGAAAGAUUCCCAAAUUGUACGGAAUUUGAACUUCACAUAACAAUGCCAGAUCCUUGGUAUGCAGAAAAGUUUUUCACUUGCACAGGAAUCGGAAAGUUUGAACUGCAUGAAUGUCCGGAAGGAACAGUUUUCGUUUUUAUGAUGCAAAUGUGUGUGUUGUCGAAUGAAAUAACUGAACCAGAGAACAUCCCCACAUUGGAACUUCCUCAAAUACCAUCAGUGAAAACAUUUCCAACAAUUCCAUCGACUGUUCCAGAAGAAACUUCAACAUCAACUUAUUCGGAAAAUGAAACUGAGAUGGAAGUGACCACAAUUGAAACUACAAAACAUGAAGCAACUUCGACAACUUCUCGUUAUCCUUAUCGCAAAGUUAAAUGCAUUAUUUGUUGGCGACCAACAUGUGAAAGAAAUGAAGAAACUUUAAAAUGGUCUGACUACGAUGAACCACGAAACUUUUUCCAAUGUUUAAGUGAAGGAGUUUUCAUUCUUAAAUCUUGUCCCAAGGAUUUUAUUUUCGAUUUUCAAACACAGAAAUGUGUCAUUAAAAAGUUGUAA